AUGAGCUUAUUAGAGUUAGAUAUCUCUAAUAAUGAUUUCAGUGAUAGCAUUCCCAAUUCAUUUAGCAAUGUCAGCUUCUUGAAAUAUUUACAAUUGGAUGGAAAUCAAUUCACGGGAAAUAUCCUUAACAGCUUAUCCAAUUGUUCCUUCUUGGAAGUGUCAGAUAUCAGUGAUAAUCAUCUCUCAGGUGUUAUACCAGAGUGGAUGGGCAACAUGCCUUCUCUUGCAAUUUUGGACCUUUCAAGAAAUGACAUCUCUGGAUAUCUAUCAUCAAACUUCAACCCUCCACAAUUAUUACAUGUUUACUUAUCUGAAAAUAGAAUACAAGGAACAAUCUCCAAGGCAUUCUACAAUUGCUUUGAAUUGGAAGUAUUAGAUCUUAGAAAUAAUUUAUUGAACGGAACCAUUCCAAAAUGGAUUGGCGAGAGACUUUCUCUUUUAAGCUAUGUUUCCUUGAGUUAUAACAAUUUUGAAGGUACAUCAGAAAUAUUUAGCCGAAAAUCUGUAGAACGUCAGCCGAAUCCUCUAGAAUUUACAACAAAGUGGAUGACAUAUUCUUUCCAACGAAGCAUUCUUCUCUUCUUUUCUGGAAUAGAUCUUUCCGUCAACAAAUUGAUAGGAGAAAUUCCUCCUGAAAUUGGAAAUUUUGAGGAGAUCAAAGUGUUGAACCUUUCUCACAAUAAUCUAAUAGGACAAGUUCCAUCAACAUUUGGCAAUCUCAAUCAAAUUGAGAGUUUGGAUAUUUCUUACAACAAUUUGAAUUGGAAAAUCCCUCUUCAGAUCACUCAACUACAUUCUUUAGAAGUUUUCAGUGUAGCAUUUAACAAUCUAUCUGGAAAGACACCUGAUAGAGUUGCUCAAUUUGCCACAUUUGAUAAGAGUAGCUACGAGGGAAAUCCUUAUCUUUGUGGACUUCCAUUACCAAAUACUUGCAAUGCAACAUUAUCACCACCAUUGAUGCCUGGAGUUUCAACAUAUGAAAAACAAGAGGAGAAUGGCUUCAUAGACAUGAAUAUUUUCUUUAUUAGCUUUUCAGUAGCGUACUUGAUGGUACUAUUGUCAAUAGCUGCAGUUUUGUGUAUAAACCCUCAAUGGCGACAAGCAUGGUUUUGGUUCGUUGAGGCGAGUUGUUACAAUCCGAGAACAGUAGAUGCAGGCCAAGGAAAAGAGAUUGCUGUUGAUGGAGCAAAGAAGAAAGUGACAGAGAAAGGCGGAGAGGAACCGAAAGAGAAAAGAAAGAAGAGGAGGUGUGAAAGGGCAAAAGAAGGCUGUCGAAGUUGGGAGAACAGUUGCAGAGCAAGACACCUAGUGGGGGUGACGCACUCAGUACUGAGUCAGUUUGCAGAAAACAGAAGCAGACAUUAUCGAUACUGGGAUUUACUGAUAGAAUCUAAGGAGGCACAGAGAAGCUUUUACUUGGAAGCUAUGAACUUCCGUCAGAGUGCUGGCCUCGAAUUCCAAAGUGUCGACAUGAUAAUGUGCUACACGCGGAGAAUAGGCGAAGUCACUUUCUUUUGA